AGACCUUGUUAUUUAUACAUUGAAAUUUCUCUCUCGCACAAAGUAUCAACCGAAGUUAAAAGCUUACCGACACCGAAUAUCGGAAUACUUUUCAGAGGCAGUUUUGUUCUUGCCACAGCAGAGCACAGCACGUACAAGAGCGAAAGGCAUGACUUGACUGGUAAAAGCGCACCACUUUGACUCUCUACUCUCUUUGAAUUUCUUGUAUGUAUAUUGCAACAUAUUUUUCCCUCUUUAGCCUUAAAGUUUUAUAACAAAUGCUUUGAUAAAUAUAUCAUGAAUUUUCAAAUAAGAGCGGCGAACUUGAUACCUAUCUUGAUCGACUACCUCAUCUCUUAGAUGAAGCAAGAAGGCAACCCGCACAACACACUUGUUUAAAAGUCGUCUUACGUAUUUUAAACGUCUUUAAAGGGUCUUAAUUUCCUCGAGAAAUAAGAAGGUUAAAAUAAUUUUAUUAAAUUCAAGAUGCUACGCAAGAUGAAUUUUCAGGCAAGAAGGGAAGCUGUUUAAUUACAGUUUCGCUGAGCUAUUAUCUCGACAUCGGGAAUGAAGUGGCUUGAAAUAAAAUGAACUUCCGGCGAUUAAAUUCCAAUUCCUGUGGCGCGAAAGAUCCUGCCUGUUCUUCGGCAGACCUGUAAGGAUCAAUUUAAUCCGUAUCACCAGUCUGCUAUUGGGUCGAUGGGAGGCUCGAUAUGGCACACUUACUUAGUGUUUCUCCCCUUGCACCUCGCGACCGCGGCUUGCACGGCUAACACUCCAGUCCAGUCAUUUGUUACGUCCGUGGUAAGGCGCGCGCGCGCGGCACGAGACCCUGCCCGGCAACUCUUCAAGGCCUAAAUAGAAGAAGAAAGAAGAACGUGAGCGCGUAAGCGCGAACGUAAUCCGGCCAAGCACGGAUCGACCCUGAACUUCAGCCGCUGCUUACUAGCAUUAACCGGCAGAGCGGCGGCAGCGGUGUCCAAGCAAUGAUUACCUUAUUUAGCGAUUUUCUCCGUGUAUCACCCACGAUGUAUACGGACGGUCUCCUGACCCUCCACUAUGGAAAACAUCCAGCGACCUUGGCCGCAGAGGUCGGGGCCUGGUACAGCGGGGACCGUCACGUGGAUGUGACCCUUGCAUGCGACGAUGGGUCUGUCGUGAAGGCCCAUCGAGUCGUUUUGGCAGCAGCGAGUCCCCUUUUGGCUACUCUACUUCGGAAUCCAGCUCUGGAUCACGUGGUUCAUUUGUCUGGCGUUCGAAAGACGCAACUGAACCAUUUGUUGGAGUUUUUGUACAACGGAGAAGCGCUGAUACCGUCUGCAGUUUGUUGCAAUAUAGUUGAAGGAGCUUUAGUCGAGCUUCUUCAAAUUCAAUCGGAGCUGUUGUGGUGCCCAAUCAAACCUCAAACUUCUAGUAAUUCUGAUCCAAAAAGAAUGACUCCACAGCCCUCAGAAGGCCAGGAGAGUUCCAGUUAUGAAUCCCAGUAUGAUGGCAGACAGUCCAAUAAUCUCGCGGACUGUUGUUCCGUCCUUAUUAAAACGGAAGGCUGCGAAGAGGAGCCGGAAGUGGACGUGGAGGGUGUGGAAGGCGAGAGUCUUACGGAUAACAGAGAGAGCAACGUAGAAACGCCUAGAAGAAGGGAUAGCUCGGAUCCUGUUAAUUUGAGUCUCAAUUCCGGCGCUUCCGUCACGAGCGACAACUCGCACGAUAUGCACAGGCCUGAGAAGCAAAUAUUCGAAAGGCGAGAAUCUCUCGAGGAAGUCGAAGAGAGGAAGCGACAGCUGGCGACGCGGCUGGCGUUAGGUUUAGAACCCGGGAAGAGAAAACCCGAGGAGCUACCGAUCCCACCUGCGGAAGCGUACGUCGUGACGCCUCAUCGCAAGCGAAGACCAGGUUUCCACAACGCUCCCGCGCAAAAUCCUGCCUUCGUGCCCUUCAAUCCUGGCUUCGAAACGCCCAGGAGGUUGCAGGCGCCACAUCCGCUAAGCGUUUCGGCUCCACCGUACCUGGAUAAUAGAUCGGCGACAUCGCCGUCCCAUCGACCACCGAGCGCUGAUCCGGCGUCGGCGGCAGCUCUGGAGCCACCCUGGGGUACCUGGAGCCUACCACCAGUUCGAGCACCACCUCCGCCGCCGUCGACGGACGAUCCGCCAAAGUCUACGCCCGUACGUGAGUAUCGGUGUAGUUACUGCGGCAAACAGUUCGGUAUGUCGUGGAACUUGAAGACUCAUUUACGAGUGCACACGGGCGAGAAGCCGUUCGCGUGUAGACUCUGCGUUGCCAUGUUCAAGCAAAAAGCACAUUUGCUGAAGCAUCUCUGCUCGGUGCACCGUGGUGUGAUAGCCGCCCCGAACAAUACGUUCUCGUGUUGCUUCUGCUCGUCGUCCAACUUCAUCAACCUGCAGGACCUCAUCAGGCAUCUCUCGGGACCGCAUAACAAUCUACUGCUCAGCAGAAAUCUACAUCGCGAGUACAAUCACGAAUAGCGACAAGGUCAAAGGCCAUCCGGUGCUGAGGAGUGCUCGUCGAGCGCGGAUUAACGGGUCCUUCGAGCGAAUUUUCUCUGAGACGCUCAUAGGAUUUCGUUAGGAUGUGACGAUCGAGACACUCGAUUUUUAUUUAUAUUUACCAUUUAGAAUCAUUUUACAAUUAUUAGCUUAUAUGAAUUGAAACAUUCAUUAUUUGAAUGAAAAAAUUUUAGUUUUUUAAAGUAAUAAUUUUAAAUAUCAUAAUAUUUAAAAAUUUUUUUGAAUUUUGUAUCGUCAAAGAAACGAACGUAUUUCGUACGAUUUUAAGUGAUUUUGUUGUGAUAUUCGAAAUUUUUAUAUCGAAGAAUAUUUACAAUUCACGUAGAAUUUAUUUCUAAAUUUAUAAUUUUUUCUGUGU